GUUUUGUCACAAAGUCAUAAAUUUAAUGAGUGACAAGAGAACAUUUUAAGGAAGAAUCAGAGGCAUCCCUUACAAUCGGUGCUAUUUGAUAAGUGUGCUACGAUUUUAUCUUCGCCUAGUUGGCAUUUCUUAGACUUGAAAAUGCGCCGGAGUACAGCGAUCAGCAGCAGAUGACGCAAACAUCGAGCUCCCCCCAAAAAGUGUUUCAGGACGAAGAUGGCGGCAACUUAACACCGGACUGGGAUGAGUGUGUCUAUAGGAAAGCGAAAUACUGGCUAUUGUGCUAACAGCAAGGAAGACAACUCGCCAGGCUAAACUUGCAGCACGUCUUAUUUAGCAAAAAAAAUCCCUGCAUGAAAACGAAGAGGGCAAUGAAAGUAGUUUUCGGAAAAGGAGAGACUGCAUGUGCAUCAACGUCAAGAGGAAAGAGGCAUGCUGCCUCAGUGAAGUAGGUUUUCCUCCUGAGAGCUGUGGAUAACUGUGAAAUGACAAUGCCUGACUUCAUCACGUUGCUUCCACUAAUUGCAUAACAAUACAGCAGAAAUCGCUGAAUAAAGCUGGUGCCACGUGAAAACAAACAUUUAGGGGAAAAUCAGCCAGGAAAAUAAUUAAGUCAAUGAAUAUUGUAGUAAAGAAACCCUUACGGUGGAGUCGACCACAACUGCACUUUUCCAAAAUAUGACCAGCGGUGCAUGGAUAUGUCUGCAGUAUCAUGAUGGCUUAACAUUGUGGUGUGUACCCCGGGAAAAUAAAACCCCUUUCACCGAGUCAGAGAGGGCCCAGAAAUGGCGACUGUCCUUAGCAUCUCUCUUGUUUUUCACAGUCCUGCUGUCUGAUCACUUGUGGUUUUGUGCCGAGGCGAAUUUGACAAGAACUAGAGACACAGAGCAAGAGGACACGUUUCCAGUUAGUAUGGAUGCUUACUUAUCUUCAGCAGACUACCCUGAUGUACUUUUCACCCCACCCCCCAGCAGUAGAGAUAAUGACAUAUUUUUAGGAAAUUCUGUCAGACCUCUUUGGCGUUUAAAAAACUGUCAUCUACUUCGCCCAUCUGGUCAGUGUUUUAAUGCUGAAGACCCAGAACAUGUAUGUGACAGUUUAGGUGAAAACAUAGGGAAUAAGUCCACCAGUACCAAUUUUAGCGAUUUGUACCUUUCCUUUUGCAAUUCGUACUCCAUGUCAGAACUGUUCUCUGGGUUGUCCAGUCCUGAAAGCUUGAACUGCAGUCUGGAAGUUAUUAUGGACGGAGAUACAAAUGGAUGUAUUCGAUGUUUACAGGCUUAUCAGCGCUAUGAUCAUCGUGCCCAGGAGAAAUAUGAAGAGUUUGAAAUGUUACUGCAGAAGUACUUACAGUCAGAUGAAUACUCUGUCAGAGCGUGUGCUGAUGAGUGUAAGGUAGGACCUUAACUUUUUCUUAGUUGGCUCCUUUGA